AUGGGCUCCUACAUCUCUAUCGUCAACAACACCGAAGAUCCGUGGACUUGCAAGAUCGGUCCUGACGAGGCAGCGCUCAAGAUCGCCGGCAUCGUCAUCUCUGUCAUUGGUGCGGCUGCUACCGUUAUCGGAACGGCUGGGGCUGCUGCUCCAGUCGCCUCUGCGCUUGCAGCCAACGGGGUGGUGUCUGUCUUCGGGGUGUCUACAAGUGCGCUCGCUGCAGGAGCAACUGCUGCCGCCAGCGUGAGCUCUGCGGUUGCCAUCACUGGCUCCGUCUCAGGAUUCGGUAUCGCCGUCGCUAAAGGUAUCAGUGACCGCCUCAACACGGAAGGAUUCGUCAACAUCGCUCCGGGUGACAAGCAUCAAUGGGGUAAGAUGAGUCUGUCACUGUGGCAACAAGGAACGUGUGUCCGCACCACCAUCGUCGACGAAAAGACCGUCACUACCGACACGCUGUACAUGCGUCCGAUCUUCAGUGGGGGUACUGACAAUUCCAACCUCGACCACGAGAUUCAGUUCUGGAUCGACAAGUUCGGGCUCGAGACGGAGACGGUGACCGGAACGACAGACCAAGAGAGCCGUCGCAGCUUGCGCAAGAGCGAAGAUGACGAUGAACAGGUUGUGUACUUCUAUGGCAACGGCACCAACACGUACAACCCAAACCAAGGCAACUAA